AUUCGUUGUCAAGACUGUCUUUGAAGUUGUUGUGUUUUUAAGUGCUUAUCAUCGACUUGUAAACAGUGUUAGGACUGACGCGUGUCGAUUCCUGUCGCAUUUUACUAUACUUAGUUUGCAUUUCUGUCCUAAAUUAGGCGCUUUUGCGGCACAAUAGUUUACUUGACGCUUAGACAUCACUUGCUGCCAGAAGCUCUCACAAUCAUUUAACUCACAAAGUUACCCAAUAUGAAUCUUGUCCACUGCCAAUUAUGGAUGGGAAAUCUGGAGCCCUACAUGACGGAGAAUUUCGUUAUCGCAGCAUUUCGUAAAAUGGGCGAAGAGCCGCAAACCGUGCGUUUGAUGAGAAAUAAGUACACCGGUGAACCAGCUGGUUAUUGCUUCGUUAAUUUUAUGUCCGAUGAGCAAGCAAUCGAUGCCAUGCACAAAUUGAACGGAAAGCCCAUACCAGGAACAAAUCCCAUCGUACGGUUCCGCUUGAACAGCGCCAGCAAUUCGAAUUCGCAGAAAACGGAACGGGAGUUUUCGGUAUGGGUCGGCGAUUUGAGCUCAGACGUCGAUGACUACAGUCUGUACAGAUCGUUCUCGACCAAGUACACAUCGAUAAAAACGGCUAAAGUUAUUCUAGACACUUCGGGAUUCAGCAAGGGCUACGGUUUCGUCCGCUUCGGAUUAGAGGAAGAACAGAAAGCGGCUCUGUACGAGAUGAAUGGAUACAUCGGGCUUGGUAGCAAAUCGCUGAAAAUCUGCAAUGCUGUUCCGAAACCAAAAACUGCAAUGACAACUGGAACGACCAGCACCACAUCGACUACUACCGCUAUCCAGUCUGGAUAUGGUACAACAACGACAACGGAUUAUUCUCAGUACUAUGAUCCCACAACGUACUGGCAGGGAUACAGUGCAUGGCAAGGAUACGAACAGCCAACGACAACUGAUUAUACGGCAUACUAUCAACAGCAGGCUGUUGCUCACGUUCAGCAGCAGCAGCAGCAGCAGCAACAACAACAGCAGCAGCAACAACAGGCUCAAGGUGUCUACCAAUACGAGCAUCAACAGGAAGAUGAUGAUUUAGCUUUGGUCGAACACAAAUUUGUGCUGGACGUGGACAGCAUGAACCGCGAUUUGAUUGAAAGAGAUCGCAAUUUCUAUGAUGCACUCGAGAGUUCGAAGUGGCUGCCGAUCGAACAGCUUGAGGUAUUUUAGAAAAUCAAAUUUUCUCAGUUCAUAAGUUGUACAGAGACGGAGAAGAAAUAAAAUAAAAAAUUUAAUUGCAAAAA